CUAAUCAGCUAAAAAACAUUCAUUGAUGUUUUUAACUCUGUUUCAGAGUUAAAAGAUGAUUUAACUCUGUUUCACUAAUGAGCCGGGAAUGAAGAUGAAAGAAAUAAAGGUAUUCCACAGAAAAGAUGCUUCUAACUUACAUUGUGGUUUGCUGCCAAGAGGAGGAAAAAAAAACCCCAAGGCAACAUUGAAAAGAUUGUGCUAAAUAACCCCACCCCACCCCUCAAUGCACAUGUUCUAGGGAACAAACUCAAUUGAACUAACUGCACUCAGCCCCCCUUUUUUUAUAGUAGCCUUGCACAGAUGAAUAUUGGCAUGUUUUAGUCCAAAAGGCAUUCCUCUUUUGCUUCUAUUAAACUUCACCACCAUGGAAAAAAAAGACACCUCCGGGUAAAGGCAUCCUGUAAUAGGAAUACAAAUCGUCCUUGAUUUUCUUUUAACGCGCGACUUUCCUGAAUUGUUGAGUUUUCCUUUUUCGGUUUCUGGGUUGAGGUUGCUCCCAGUCCAGCUGACAUUGCGGGAAGUCUGCCCUUUACAUGCAAUGCUAACCUUGAUGUUGACAGUCCUUGGAAGUCGGCCUGGCGGAGUCGUCCGCGCUUCGCUCCAAAAUCAGCGCCCUGAAACUUGCCGUGGCAAUUUCCAAGGAUCUUGCACGCCCGCGCAGUGAAGCCGACCUUCCCCACCGAGAGCGAGGCUUUCCAGGAUUAUCGCACGCAAAUCACCUCGUUGCUUCUUGUGUAUUUACCAGCGGGAGGGACUUAGUCAGCAAAUCCUGCUCGGAGGCGCUUUAGCCAAUGAGGAACCUCGCCCUGCUUGCUAGGGGGCUUCGGAGUUGGCGCUGGACGUCUGCAGAAAUGCGAGGCGGUCCUCGCUGGGGCUGAUGGCAAAAAUGGGGUCCGGCAACAGAGGUGGUGACUUAGCUCGCUCAGCAAUUGGCGGGAUUCCGUAAUGCAUCCAUCAUGUAGCCUUGCCUGCCCAGCCCCAUGGAGCGAGAGGAUUGUUUACCCCUCACUUUUGCAUAAAUGCGUCUUUGCCGCUGGAAGAUGAAAUGCUUUUCUCGUUACCUGCCUUACCUCUUCCGACCGCCGAACACCAUCCUCUCUUCCAGCUGCCACACCGAAGCUGACAUUAUCUCUACAGUAGAAUUCAACCACACAGGAGAAUUACUAGCAACAGGGGACAAGGGGGGUCGUGUUGUAAUAUUUCAACGUGAGCAGGAGAGCAAAAAUCAGCCCCAUCGCAGGGGAGAAUAUAAUGUUUACAGCACAUUCCAGAGCCAUGAACCUGAGUUCGAUUACCUGAAGAGCUUAGAGAUAGAGGAGAAGAUCAAUAAAAUACGAUGGCUCCCACAGCAAAAUGCAGCCUAUUUCCUUCUCUCCACCAAUGAUAAAACUGUGAAACUAUGGAAAGUCAGUGAACGAGAUAAAAGACCAGAGGGCUAUAAUCUCAAAGAUGAAGAUGGACGCCUCCGAGACCCCUCCACAAUUACCACACUACGGGUACCUGUGCUAAGGCCCAUGGAUUUAAUGGUGGAGGCAACUCCCAGAAGAGUCUUUGCAAAUGCACAUACCUAUCACAUCAAUUCCAUUUCUGUAAACAGUGACUAUGAAACCUACAUGUCAGCAGAUGACUUGAGGAUAAACUUAUGGAACUUUGAAAUAACCAAUCAAAGUUUUAAUAUUGUAGAUAUAAAACCAGCAAACAUGGAAGAAUUGACAGAAGUGAUUACAGCUGCAGAAUUCCAUCCACACCACUGCAACACCUUCGUCUAUAGCAGCAGCAAAGGGACAAUAAGAUUGUGUGACAUGAGAACGUCUGCUUUGUGUGACAGACACUCCAAAUUUUUUGAAGAGCCCGAAGAUCCAAGUAACAGAUCUUUUUUUUCUGAGAUCAUCUCUUCAAUUUCUGAUGUAAAGUUCAGCCAUACUGGGAGAUACAUCAUGACCAGAGAUUAUCUCACUGUCAAGGUGUGGGAUCUGAAUAUGGAGAACAGACCUAUUGAGACAUACCAGGUUCAUGAUUACCUCCGCAGCAAGCUGUGCUCCCUCUAUGAGAAUGAUUGCAUUUUUGAUAAAUUUGAAUGUGUAUGGAAUGGGUCAGACAGUGUCAUCAUGACUGGCUCCUACAACAAUUUCUUUAGAAUGUUUGAUCGCAAUACCAAGCGUGACGUGACUCUUGAAGCCUCAAGAGAAAACAGCAAACCCCGUGCCAUCCUGAAGCCUCGCAAAGUUUGUGUUGGGGGCAAAAGGAGGAAAGAUGAAAUUAGUGUGGACAGUCUGGACUUUAGCAAAAAGAUCCUGCAUACAGCUUGGCAUCCUUCAGAAAAUAUAAUAGCAGUGGCAGCAACAAAUAACCUGUAUAUAUUUCAAGACAAGGUUAACUAGGAGGGAGAAAAGAUGCUCCUUGGGAAUCUAAUAUUCUGGAAACUAGCAAACAAAAGUUUUUUAAAGUUUUUUUUUGUCCUGUUUUCUUCUCCUCCUUAUUUUGUUUUUUUCCCACCAUUCCUCUGCAGACACUAACUGUGCAGAGGUAAACUCUCAGAUUCCAACAUUUAUUGCUUUCCCCCCAGUAUAAAGAAAUUGGGUGGCAAAGCAAAUUAGGAACAGUUGAAUUUUAAGUACUGAAAGCAACCAAGCUGCUACUACCAGAGUGAGCUUGAAUUCUGUAUGCUUUCAUUUUCCCAGUAGUUGCUGGUAAUUUAGUUCCUUUACAAAGUUAUUUUGUAAUCUAGGACAAAGGUAAAAUUGCUAAAUUAUAUUUACGAAAAAAAGAAAACAAAACUCAGCCAAGGCCAUGAAACAAAGAUACAUUGUAUUAAGCUAUCUCUCUUUUUUUUUUUAAUUACUUGGAGAUUUUUCUUUUGUUUUACAUUAUUUGAAAACAGGACUUAGGAUUCCUGUUGAUUCCAUUCUUGUAAUUGACCAUUACCUUUUUAAAGUGGUGUCUGUUCCUUUUAUUAACUCAGGGCCUUUCCAGAUGAUCAUUUAUUGUUAUCACACAAUGAAUGUUUUCCUGUAACUCAGUUCUUGUGAGAGAUACAUCUUUCUUUCUUUUUUUUGCCCCAGAUUGCACAUUGGAUUAAAAAUAACAUAAUAACAUAAAGUUGCAGCCUGUAAAAAAACACCAUCUUCAGGUUUUCACUCCUUCCACAAAGGGCUCACUGCCUUGAAAGUGCAGUGACAUCUAGGUGCACAACUCUCAUUGUCACCUGUUGAGUAGUGUCUGUGACAUCGGAGGUGACCUAUGAUUCGUGUUCACUUUGGCCAUACCGCUAACGUACUUACAUUUAGGAAUAGAUGAAGACCAUUACAGCCAGACUAAUCCACCUAAGGCUUUCUGACUUCUUUAUCUUUGUCUUCUUCUUUUACAUGUAGUUCAGUUCCAUUGACUCCGGUUGUUGAUGCAUUGAUGCAGCCGUCCCUUUUUUAAAAAAACAAAACAAAACCCCAAGACUAAUUUUUUAAAACUUAGGAAAAUAGGUAAACUUUCCCAGUGAUAAUCCGCCCUAUCCCAUCCCGCUCAGCAAAGAAGAGCUGUUUCCCUUCCACAAAUGCAAAUUCUCUUCUACUGCAUUUGGACGGGAGACUGCGCUACUCUUGCUGGAUGCAGGUUAGUGCAGCUUUGUUCUUAAGGGGCAGAAAUACCCUUUUUCUUAUCUGGAAAGAGCCUCAGACAGGAAAAACAAAGGCAAGACAGAAGGAGCAGGUUUGCAGCAGGAACAUUUUGACUCAUCAUUCAUGGAGGGGCAGGGAUGCUACCACGAGCUGCAACCUGCCGUCACGAUUCCCCCCCCACAAAUGGUCUCUGAUGGAUUUGGCUGAGUCAAUCCUUUGGUGCCUUUUGAUGGUAUACAAAAUACCUUAAAACACAAUGCUUCCAAAAUGUGGUAUUUGCAAACCAAAUUGAAUCUGAGCUUUCUUCUGCAAUUCCUGCAAGUUUUAUUUUGGGUCUUUCAGUUUGUUUUAAUUUUAAUUUUAGUUCUGAUUUGCUUUGGAUAAGAAAUCGCAGAACAGUUCUCUUUUAAUCUCUUGCAUGUCAUAAAUAUAUAUGUGUUGGUGGGGGAGCAGAACCCCUUUUUUUUUCUUCUAGUCGUGUAUUUUUUAAAGGUUUGUUUGUUUGUUUAUUUAUUUAUUUAUGCCAAGUGUCAUUUUUUUCCCUUUCUUUUCGAGAGUAAAAAAAAAAAAAGAACUCUUUAGUUAAAACUGUAUGGCUUUUAAAAGAACUCAAACAAAAAUAACCACCAAACCAUCUUGUAAUGCUAUUAUUAUUCUUAGCACUCGGCUGCUUUCUAAGAGAGGUUGCUCAUAGACGGGCGGUAUGAAGAUUUAACUCGAAUAGCUCUUCAUCUUUGCAUGGUAAACUGUGCAGUUCUACUACAAGGAUAAUGCCAGCCCUG